AUGAAUGUUCAAGUUGGAAAGUUUUAAUUCAAUUCUCGCUUUUGUUUAGGAGAGGGGGCCUAUGGAAAAGUGUUUCUGGGAUAAGACACAGAAAACAAUGAACAAGUGGCUAUCAAAUAAAUAGACACCAAAUUCAUCGAGUAACAAGACAAGUAUAUUAAAUAACAGAUCAUCAAUGAAAUCGAAAUACUAAAGAAAUGCAAUCAUCCCAACAUUGUUAGAUUUAUUGAUUUGAUUGACACUCCCAAAUACAUCUACAUUAUUAUUGAAUAUUGCAAGGAUGGAGAUCUAAAGGAACUAUUGAAUCAAAAAAGAUUAAGCGAAGUGGAAUCAUUCGACGUCCUCAGACAAAUAGUUGAAGGAUUCAAAGAAUUACAAAAACAUAGCAUUAUUCAUAGAGAUUUGAAACCAGCCAAUAUUUUGAUAAACAAUGGAAUUUUCAAAAUUGCUGAUUUUGGGUUUGCCAAAAUAGUGAACAAUUAUUCAAGCACAAAUAUGCUCAAAUCUUUGGUUGGAUCCCCCUAUUACAUGGCACCUCAAUUGCUUGGUUAUUAAUAAUACUGUUUCAAAUGUGAUAUUUGGUCAUUGGCAGUCAUCUAUUUCGAAAUGGUUUUUGGGAAUCUCCCUUGGUUAGCAAGUGAUCCUUAAUCCUUAUUAAAAAAGAUCCUCAAUCAGCCAAUCAUUGAGAAAUUGAAAUAAGCCAAAAUUAGUUAAUUCAGCAUGUACUUCUUAGAAAAGACUUUGACAAUUGAUGAAUUCAGAAGACCAAAUUGGCAAGAAGUAGUUUAAAUAAUUAAUACUUCCCCUUUGAUGAAGGCCGAUAAAAAUUCAAUUCCACAACCAUAAUCCCAGAGUAAACCCAAUAUUUUAGAAGUAAGUGCUUCAUGUGAUACCAAAUCAAAUAUCAAUUCAAUCUAACCAGAAUAGUAGAAGAAAAGGUAAGAGAUCAUAUUCAAACAUUACAUAUGUUAAGAAAUCUUAGUUAAUAAGUCAGAGAUUUUGUAAUUCUGCGAUGGCAACAACGUAUUAUUGAAAUUAGCCUUUUGUUUAUCAAAAUGGGUUUUAAUUUUGAGUCAAUAAUUACUGAAGGAAUUACCAGAAUUGAAAAGAGAACAUGAAUUUUAUGUACAGUUUAUGCAUGAUAUUGAAGAAUUGAGGUUGUCAUGUGAAUUUAGCAUUGACAGAGUUCCUUAAAUUUGUCAAGAUUAUUGCAUAGAAUAUCUGACAAUAGCAUAGAAGAAUUUGUAAAAUAUCAGUGAAACAUAUUUAUUGGUUUUAACAGAAUAUUUGAUCAAUUUUGCAAGAGUAUUAAGAGAUGGAAAGGAUUCACCAAUUGAUUAUGAAGAAUUAGCUUAGAGUAAAUUGAAUGACUACGAUUUUCAAUUGUAUCAUGAUAUUCUUAGAACGAAUUUGAGUGCAAUUGUUAUUUGA